CAGCCGCUAACACCAGUUCUACGACGUCUAUUCUAACUGGAAUUCCUUAUUAAUCUUCCUAUUAUCCUCCACAUCCCACGUUGGGCUUUAAACGCCACUCCAUAUUUCACUUCCAUACUAAGUCUAAUUGUAUCAUUGCCACACCAUAACCAUGGGUAGUAUGGAACCCAUUCUGGGGGAGAGCAAGCGAAGAGUUUGCUAUUUUUUUGACUCUGACAUUGGGAAUUACCAUUAUGGACCUGGUCAUCCGAUGAAGCCCACCCGCAUUAGGAUGUGUCACUCACUUGUUAUGAACUACGGCUUGUACAAGAAGAUGGAAAUUUUUCGGGCCAAGCCUGCCACUAAACGUGAAAUGUCUCAGUUCCAUACGGAUGAAUACGUCGACUUCUUAUAUCGAAUAAAUCCCGACAAUGCCGCUCAAUUCGCAAAAGAGCAAGUCAAAUAUAACGUCGGCGACGACUGCCCGAUUUUUGAUGGCUUGUUCGAAUACUGCUCAAUCUCGGCAGGGGGGUCCAUGGAGGGUGCCGCGCGGCUUUCUCGCGACAAAUGCGAUAUUGCUGUCAAUUGGGCCGGUGGCUUACAUCACGCUAAAAAGGCGGAAGCGAGUGGGUUCUGUUAUGUCAAUGACAUUGUUCUCGGUAUCCUCGAAUUGUUGAGGUAUCAUCAACGUGUUCUGUACAUCGAUAUUGACGUCCACCACGGGGAUGGCGUGGAAGAAGCCUUCUACACGACCGACAGGGUCAUGACGUGCAGUUUUCACAAGUAUGGUGAAUUUUUCCCUGGUACUGGUGAAGUAAGAGAUAACGGAAUUGGCAAAGGUAAAGGAUACGCUAUCAAUGUACCUCUUCGAGAUGGUAUCAGUGAUGACAACUAUAAGAGUAUUUUCCAGCCCGUAAUCAAACGUGUCAUCGAAUGGUAUCAACCAGGCGCUGUAGUCCUUCAAUGCGGCUCUGAUUCUCUUUCCGGAGAUCGUCUGGGAUCGUUCAAUCUGUCCAUGAAGGGUCACGCUGCUUGUGUGCAGUUUGUCAAAUCUUUCAACCUGCCUUUAUUGUUACUUGGCGGAGGUGGUUACACAGUCAAGUCUGUCUCAAGAACUUGGGCAUAUGAAACUGGCCUUGCUGCGGGCAUGGAGCUAGGGCGUGAUCUGCCGAACAACGAAUAUUGGGAAUACUAUGGGCCAGACUACGAGCUUGAUGUUCGCUCUUCCAAUAUGACAGAUCAGAACACUCCAGAGUACCUUCAAAAAGUCACGGAAGCGGUCUUUGAAGUUUUACGCGAUAAAAAUGCGGCGCCAAGUGUUCCCCUACAAUCUAUACCUAAGAUGAUGCAUGACGACGAGGACGAGGACGAAGGCGAGGACAAUGAAGAUAGGGACGUCCGGCGACCAGCGCGGCUGUGGGCCAGGGAAAAGCAACAUGAGACAUCCCUCUCCGAUUCUGAAGACGAAGGCACUGGAGGCCGAAGACAUCGGCGCAGUUACAAAGAGUCGGCACAGAAGAACACUAUGGUGGAGGAUCAAUGUAAUUUUAGGGUAAACGCGGGUUUUACAUAAUUAUGUUAAACCCGCGAUUGAACACAUUGUUUUACAUAGUGUAUCCGCGUCAAGUUAUUGUGGUUAUAUAUCCCAUUCUGUUUUCAAUGUUUUACAUAUACCCACUGGCAUAUGGAUCAGGCAGCUUGGCUUAUUCAUUGAUUACGUGAUAUUUAGUUAACUUUUUUAUUGUUCUUAAUGGUGUUCUUAAUUGAUAAAAAUAUUGUAAUUAACAGUAAUC